AUGUCUACUCCACUUGAGAGCAAUCCUAUUGUUGUUGAGGUGAACGAGCAUGUCCAACCAGAGGCAAGUCAACAGCAAGAUAACGCACAAGAUGGUGAACAAGUCCAAGAUCAGGUCGGUGAAGAAUUGGUAACCAAGAAAAAGAGGAAGAAAACAUCUCCAGUUUGGGCAGAUUUUGAUGAAAUUGAAAUUACCGGGGGUGCAAAGAAAGCAGUUUGCAGAUAUUGCAAAGAGAAAUUGUCUACAGGUGGGAAAGGAGCCAGUACUAGCCAUCUGAGAAGACAUUCGGAAAUUUGCUUACAAAGGAGAGUGCAUUUGGCUAGUGAAAAGAAGCAAAGUACCAUACCAUUUCAGCCUUGUAACUCAGGUAACCCGUUUCUGAAUUCUGGUGCUAGAUACAAUAAUGAAAAGAUGAGGGAAAUCAUUGCUUCUGCUAUUAUGGUUCAUGAAAUGUCGUUUAGUGUGGUUGAGAAUGAUGUUUGGAUGUGGGCUUUCCAGUAUGCAAAUUCAGAUUUUCAAAAGGUAACUCGUAAAACCAUAAGAAAUGAUUGUUUAGCUUUAUAUGAGAUGGAGAAGAGAAACUUGAAGGCAUUGCUGAAAAGUGUGAAUAAGAUUAGUUUGACAACAGAUAUGUGGAAGUCAAGCCACCAAGUAGCUGAAUAUAUGGUGGUUACAGGUCACUUCAUUGAUGUCGGGUGGAAGCUUCAGAAGAGAGUUUUGAGUUUUGUGAAAGUGCCAGCUCCUAGGCGUGGGGUUGAUGUGGCUGACGCCAUUUUCAAGUGUUUAAAAGUUUGGGGGAUUGAGAAUAAAAUUUUUUCCAUAUCUGUUGAUAAUGCAGCUUACAAUGAUAAAUGCUUAAAAAAUCUCAAGGAGAACUUAUCAGGCAAUAAGUUAUUUCUUGAUGGUGCUUUGUUUCAUGUUAGGUGCUGUGCUCACAUAUUAAAUUUGUUGGUGCAAGAUGGCUUAAGCAAAAUCAAGAGUGUCAUUGUCAAUAUUCGUGAAAGUGUGAAAUAUAUCAACUACAAUGAUGCAAGGUUAAAGGCCUUUUGUGAUGUGGUUGAACAGAAAUGCUUGAAGGAAAGGAAGCUUGUUAUUGAUUGUCCAACAAGAUGGAAUUCAACAUUUCAGAUGUUGUCUACUUCUUUGAAAUUCAAGACCGCCUUUGCUGCAUACAAGGAAAGAGAGCCGCAUUAUGUUUAUUCACCUUCACUUGAAGAUUGGAGCAAAGUUGAGAAGAUUUGCAAACUUCUAGAAGUGUUUGAUCUAGCUACUCAUGUAAUCUCAGGUAGUGAGUAUCCAACUGCUAAUUUAUAUCUUGCUGAAGUUUGGAGAGUUAAACAAGUAAUUGACAAUGCGUCUGAGGAUGAAGAUGACUUCAUGAGAGAAAUGGCAGCCCCAAUGAAAGAAAAAUUUGACAAAUACUGGGGUGAGUGCAAUUUGCUUAUGGCUAUUGCGAGUGUUUUAGAUCCUAGGUGUAAAUUUCACAUUGUUGAUAUAUGCUUUCCAUUGAUAUAUAAACCUGAAAAUGUUGCCAUGGAGAAUAUAAGUAAGGUUAGAACUUCAUUGGAAAAGUUAUAUGAUGAGUAUGUGUCUAUGAGUAUUGAGGAGUCAUCCUUUGUGGCUGCGAAUUCAAAUGAUGGUGGUAACAAUGUAACAUCCUCAACUGAAUCUGGAUCUUCAUUUGUCACUGGAUUUGACCAAAUUAUGAAUCUUGUGCGUGAAAAGGAAGCGGUUCCCCCAAUGAAGUCAGAACUACAAGCUUAUUUUGAUGAAGGUGUUUAUGUUCCCGAUGGUAAUAAUAACUCAUUUUGUGCAUUGGAAUGGUGGAGGAACAACAGCUUAAAGUAUAAGGUCUUAUCCAAGAUGGCCGCUGAUAUACUGGCUAUACCUAUCUCCACAGUGGCAUCCGAGUCUACAUUUAGUGCUGGAGGGCGAGUAAUUGAUGAAUUUCGUUCUAGAUUGAAUGAAAAAUCUAUUGAAGCACUCAUCUGUGGAGGGGAUUGGCUGCGUCAUAAGUAUAAUUUGAUGAAGAAGCCAAAGGUGGGUGAAGUGAAUGAGGAGAUCAACUUGAAGAUCUAA